UGUUAAAACGGAACUCCUCUUCCAAUUUCCAAUCCCUCGUUUUCGGUUCUAAUUUUUUAAAUAAGCACGGGAAAUUGCAGAAAUCUCAAAUUUGACCUAACAAAUUACUGGAAUUUUCGGGCGAAGCAAGAAAUGGCAAUGAGGAGGUGUGGUAGUAGUUUAUUGAGGAUGCCCUAUUAUUCUCUUAGAUCAAUUUUUGUUCAGAGCAGUAAGAAAAUGGGCACAGAUUCAGCAGCAACAGCAGGCAAGCAGAAGAUUACUGAUGCUAAUGUUCCUUCUUGGUGUUCUGAGAUUCUAAUGUGUCCACUCUCUAGGAAACCCUUGAGGAGAAGCAUAGGGCCAUCUAACGGAGGGGAAGAAGGAUCAGAGGAUUCUCUACUCAGUGACGCAUAUCCCUGCAUUUCGUAUCCAAUAGUUGAUGGGAUCCCUUGCUUGAUUCCAAGCCAAGGCAAGUUGUUGAAGACUAAUGAUAACGAUGGUGAUGAUAAAGCUUCAAUGCCGGCAGAUUCAACUUUCUGAACACCAUCAACUUUCAAGUUUAACAUAUGUUUAAUGAUAACAUGGUCAUGAUUUAACUUUACUCAUGUGUUUUGUUUUCUACAAUAAUAUAACACCAUGUUUGAUUAUGUUUGUUUGUUAACGAAAUGAACGAAGAUUUAUGUGU